AUGACGAAGACAAAGACAGGGAUUUGUUUGCUGCAGGAUGGUAAUCAGGAGCCUUUCAAAGUCCGACUACACCUAGCCAAAGAUAUUUUGAUGAUCCAGGAACAGGAUGUGAUAUGUGUGUCUGGUGAGCCUUUCUAUUCUGGUGAAAGAACGGUGACCAUUAGAAGACAAACUGUAGGAGGAUUUGGAUUAAGCAUAAAGGGGGGAGCAGAACAUAACAUUCCAGUUGUUAUUUCAAAAAUCUCCAAGGAACAAAGAGCGGAACUUUCAGGACUACUUUUUAUUGGAGAUGCAAUUCUACAGAUAAAUGGAAUUAAUGUGAGAAAAUGCAGACAUGAAGAAGUGGUUCAGGUUCUUCGGAAUGCUGGAGAAGAAGUAACCCUAACAGUUUCAUUUUUAAAACGAGCACCUGCUUUCCUCAAACUUCCACUGAAUGAAGACUGUGCAUGUGCUCCAAGUGAUCAAAGCAGUGGGACCUCCUCUCCUCUUUGUGACAGUGGAUUACAUCUCAACUAUCAUCCCAACAACACAGACACAUUAUCAUGUUCUUCAUGGCCGACAUCACCAGGUCUGAGGUGGGAAAAGCGAUGGUGUGACCUUAGGCUGAUCCCUCUCCUGCAUUCACGCUUCUCUCAGUAUGUGCCUGGGACAGAUUUGAGUCGGCAGAAUGCUUUUCAAGUCAUUGCUGUGGAUGGAGUCUGCAGUGGGAUUAUUCAGUGCCUCUCUGCUGAAGACUGCAUUGACUGGCUUCAAGCAAUAGCAACUAAUAUUUCAAAUCUGACAAAGCACAAUAUUAAAAAAAUCAAUAGAAACUUUCCUGUAAACCAGCAGAUAGUAUACAUGGGCUGGUGUGAAGCACGGGAGCAGGACUCACUUCAGGAUCGUGUGUACUCUCCAACAUUUUUAGCUCUCAGGGGCUCAUGUCUUUACAAAUUUCUGGCACCUCCAGUGACUACCUGGGACUGGACCAGAGCAGAGAAAACAUUUUCAAUUUACGAGAUUAUGUGCAAGAUUCUCAAGGACAGUGAUCUGUUGGACCAGCGGAAACACUGUUUCACUGUGCAGUCUGAGUCUGGGGAGGAUCUAUACUUCUCUGUGGAAUUAGAAUGCGACCUUGCCCAAUGGGAAAGAGCCUUCCAAACAGCAACUUUUCUAGAAGUGGAGCGGAUACAGUGCAAGACGUAUGCAUGUGUGCUAGAAAGUCAUCUAAUGGGACUCACGAUUGACUUUAGCACAGGAUUUAUUUGCUUUGAUGCUGCAACAAAGGCUGUACUUUGGAGGUAUAAAUUUUCUCAGCUUAAAGGUUCUUCAGAUGAUGGCAAGAGCAAAAUCAAAUUUUUGUUUCAGAAUCAAGAUACUAAACAGAUUGAAGCAAAGGAACUGGAAUUUUCAAAUUUAUUUGCUGUUCUUCACUGCAUUCAUUCAUUCUUUGCUGCCAAAGUAGCUUGUUUGGACCCUCUCUUUUUAGGCAAUCAGACUACAGCUUCUGCUGCUGCCAGCUCUGCUUCUACAAGCAAAGCAAAGUAUACAACUUGACAUACUGAGCUUUGUGCUGUCAUUUCCUAUAACUAUAUAAACAAUAUAAAUACAUUCAUCAUUUUAGACCUUAGAGAAAUCAUGAUAUCACCAAGUCAACAUAGAAUGAAAUUGAAGUUUCCGUAGAAAAAAAGGUCAUACGGAUCUCAAAAGCAUUUCUACUCUGGAAGACAUCUGUGAAUCCUAAAUGACAUCUGUGAAUCAUCCUCAAUGAAUAGAACAGCUUGUUGUCACUCAGUUAAUUUGUACUGACUGGUACAGUGCUUUUAUCAAAAAGAAGACUCAAUGUAUGUAAAUAAUAUAAAAAUUGUAAUCUACCUAUAAAUAAAAAUGCCAGUUAAAUGUUUAUUUCUGUAUUUUAGAUUAUUUUGUAUGAAAAAACACUUGCUGGGCCAGAUCAUGAACUAGUGAUCUAUCAUGUAAUAUGAGUGACAUAAAGGAGAUAAAUAAACAUAUGGCAUGCAAAAAUAUCUCAUCAAAGAAGAAGGCACUUUAAUUUGCUGAUGUAUAUUUCUCCUUGUAUACUCAUUCCAAAAUUCAAUGCUGGGUCUUCAAUUUUGUUUAUCUUGUUGUGAAAUAUUCCUAAGACCUGCAAAACGAUAGUUGCAUUGAGACACAAUGUGAAAGGGACUAUUUCUCCCUUGAGUCACUGAUACUAAAUGCUUUACUACCUGUCAGUGUCAACCAAAUAAGCCAAAUUGUGUUAAUUUAAUUGUAAGGAUAGAAACAUCCAUGGACCUGUUUU